AUGAUUCGAGAUUUAAAGGCGGCUUCACAUCUUUCAGGGGGCGGUGUGAUGGUGGAAGACAGUGCCGGCGUGCAGUAUAGAGCAUUCACGCUCCUUUAUUCAUGGGUGGCCGAUCACCCGGAGUCUUCUAAGAUCACCUGUACGAUGGCAUGCAACUCACACCAUCCGUGCUCGUUGUGCUUGGCUGAAAAGGAGGGCCUGGAUGAGAUGAACUUUGAGUUGACUCAACAGCCAACUGAUAAGAAGCGCCUGGAUGAGCAGGACGAGACCAUUGUCCCCAGAAAUGUCGAGGGUCGGAAGGAAUCUGCGGAAACCAAAAAGAAGCAGGAAGACACCAUUGUCCUUAGAACUGUCAAGGGUCAGAAGGAUUUUCACAAGGAGAUGAAAGCCGCGAAGACCAAAAAGGAGCUGAAGGCGGUGAAGAAGAAGUCCUCUACACACUUUGUGAAGGUCCUGCCCCUCAACAUCAACCUCCCAGGACGAGAAGAUAUCCUCACGGCCAUUGUCAAGAUGGUCGAGUGGUACAAGGCGUUCAUCCGCGCUGAGUACCACACCGACGACUCUCUGGAACGGAUGAAAUACGCCACCAUCAAGUAA